AUGCAGCCCGAGCCUUCCGGCCGCGCUAGCCCUCCACCGGGCAAAUUCAACCAACAUCCCACCGACGCCCGCGAGCGAUUGCGCACUCAUUUCGGUAGCACCGAAGCCAGGGACCAGGGUGCACGUUGGGACGACCUGUGGAAAGAGGGCGACUUCCUGCCUUGGGACAAAGGCUUCCCCAACCCGGCGUUGCGCGAGCUGUUGACAACCCAUGUUUUCCCCAACCCCAAGAAGGACCUCACCAAGGAGGUGCGUCCCAUGGUGCCCGCGCCUGUCGAUAGAGAAACAAAGAGGCGGAAGCGCGCGCUUGUGCCUGGCUGCGGUAAAGGCUAUGACGUCGUCUUGCUUGCCUCGUAUGGAUACGACGCGUGGGGGCUAGAAGUGAGCACUAAUGCCAUCGAGGCGGCCAGGAAGUGGGUGAAGGAAACCGAGGACAACGAGUUCCACAAGUAUGAGACGAUUGACAACGACGUUGGACGCGGCUCUGUCAACUUUCUGCUUGGUGACUUCUUCAAGGACGAUUGGUUGAAGGAAGCUGGAGGGGAAUUCGACUUGAUCUACGAUUAUACGUUUCUCUCCGCUCUGCCUCCCGAGCUUCGUCCAGCGUGGUCGCUCCGGAUGUCGCAGCUCCUAUCCCACGAUCCGCACGCCGCGCUCGUCUGUAUCGAAUUUCCUACAUAUAAAGAGCCGUCCACAGGCGGCCCUCCAUUUGGCCUGCAGCCGAGGGUAUACGAGCAGCACCUCAGUCGUCCGGGAGAGGAGUUGAAGUACGGCGAGGACGGCCAUAUCGUUGAGCAGCGAGACGAGAAUGGAGUGGUCCCCAGGAACAAGAAUGGACUGGUGCGGAUUGCGCACUAUCAGCCCGAGCAGACCCACGAAAUCGGGAAGGGUACCGAUUUCGUGAGCAUUUGGCGGCACCCGACUGCAUGA